CGGGACUUCCGGGAGCUCUAGGAAGUCGCUUGUCUCUCCGGCAGGAGGUGGGGUUUUCUCUGCUCGCCGCGAAAUCUGUGGGCGUAGACAGGGAUUCUGGCUGCUAGAGGAGUGGACCAGGGAGGGGCGGGUCGGUCCCGCGGCUGCUGAUCUGGACGAAGGUCCUCCGAGGCCGCGGCUGCCCGACCGAGAGGUGGCCAUUCAUUCGCGCGCAGGAGCGAGGGCCCCUUCGGGGGCUCUUUUCGAACCGUGCCCAGGCCUGCAGGAGCGCCGCCCUGCGCUUACCCCGGGCUCCUGCCGACCUUUUCGGAGUGGAGGGCGUCGCCCUUCUUCCACCUCGCCGCUCCGGUGUCCGCUGCCAUGGCUUUCCCCCAUCGGCCGGACGCCCCGGAGCUGCCUGAUUUCUCCAUGCUCAAGAGGCUGGCUCGUGACCAGCUCAUCUAUCUGCUGGAGCAGAUUGUGCUUCUUGGUCCGGCCUCGCAUCAAGAACAUGCGAUACGUUGCCAGUCUUGUCAAUGCUGACAAAUUGGCUGGCCGGACUCGAAAAUACAAAGUGAUCUUCAGCCCUCAGAAGUUUCACGCGUGUGAGAUGGUGCUGGAGGAAGAGGGAGUCUACGGAGACGUGAGCUGUGACGAGUGGGCCUUUUCUUUGCUGCCUCUUGACGUGGAUCUGUUGAGCAUGGAGCUCCCAGAAUUUUUCAGGGACUACUUCCUGGAAGGAGACCAGCGCUGGAUCAACACUGUGGCACAGGCCUUGCACCUUCUCAGCACCCUCUACGGGCCUUUCCCCAACUGCUACGGAAUUGGCCGCUGCACCAAGAUGUCAUACGAACUGUGGAGAAAACUGGAGGAGGAGGAGGACGGCGAGACCAAGGGCCGAAGGCCAGAGAUUGGACAUGUCUUCCUCCUAGACCGAGACGUGGACUUCGUGACGGCACUCUGCUCCCAGGUGGUCUACGAGGGUCUGGUGGACGACACCUUCCGUGUCAAGUGUGGGAGUGUUGACUUUGGCCCAGAAGUCACAUCCUCUGACAGGAGCUUAAAGGUUCUACUCAAUGCCGAAGACAAGGUGUUUAAUGAGAUUCGUAACGAGCACUUCUCCAACGUCUUCGGCUUUUUGAGCCAGAAGGCCCGGAACUUGCAAGCUCAGUAUGAUCGCCGGAGGGGCAUGGACAUCAAGCAGAUGAAGAACUUUGUGUCCCAGGAGCUCAAGGGACUGAAACAGGAGCACCGCCUGCUGAGUGUCCAUAUCGGGGCUUGUGAAUCCAUAAUGAAGAAGAAGACCAAGCAGGACUUCCAGGAGCUCAUCAAGACUGAACAUGCGCUGUUGGAGGGCUUCAACAUCCGGGAGAGCACCAGCUACAUCGAAGAACACAUAGACCGGCAGGUGUCACCUAUUGAAAGCCUUCGCCUCAUGUGCCUUUUGUCCAUCACUGAGAACGGUUUGAUUCCCAAGGAUUACCGAUCUCUGAAAACACAGUAUCUGCAGAGCUAUGGCCCUGAGCACCUGCUUACCUUCUCAAAUCUGCGGCGAGCGGGGCUCCUCACGGAGCAGGCCCCGGGGGACACGCUCACAGCUGUGGAGAGUAAAGUGAGCAAGCUGGUGACGGACAAGGCCGCAGGAAAGAUUACUGAUGCCUUCAGUUCUCUGGCCAAGAGGAGCAAUUUCCGUGCCAUCAGCAAGAAGCUGAACUUGAUCCCGCGUGUGGAUGGCGAGUAUGAUCUGAAAGUACCACGGGACAUGGCGUAUGUCUUCAGUGGUGCUUAUGUGCCCCUCAGCUGCCGACUCAUCGAGCAGGUGCUGGAGCGGCGGAGCUGGCAGGGGCUGGACGAAGUCGUGCGGCUGCUCAACUGCAAUGAGUUGGCCUUCACAGACGUGACCAAGGAAGACAAGGCUUCCAGCGAGUCUUUGCGCCUCAUCAUGGUGGUGUUCUUGGGUGGUUGCACAUUCUCAGAGAUCUCGGCCCUCCGGUUCCUGGGCAGGGAGAAAGGGUACAGGUUCAUUUUUCUGACGACGGCAGUCACGAACAGCGCUCGCCUUAUGGAAGCCAUGAGUGAGGUAAAAGCCUGACGUUGUCCCUGCUGGUGUCGACGUCUUCCCUGGACACGUUUCCCGACGAGAUGCAGGAAUGUGGCCCCAGCUGCUAACCAAGUGUCCACCAACUACCCUCCUGAGAGCCGGGGAGCACGGAACUUAAUCCGGAUUUAGAGAAGUUACCUGAGGACAGCGCUCACUUCUGGCCCCCAGGAUAGGUCUCUGUUUUGUGUAUGAAGUACAGCUUGUGCUGAAAAUAUAAAAGGAGGGGGAGGUAUCUUUUGCUAAAUCCUGUUUGAGCAUCAUUGUCCAUAAAGCCUCUACUCUCCAGUGUCA